CACGCCAUUCUUCCCCACACAUUUCCACCAUUCUUUCUGUUCUCCCCUUCUUUCAAGCUUCAAUUUCAUAGUAACAAUGGUGAAACUGUGUGUGCUAUUUGGGGUGGCUGUACUUCUAAGCUUGAGCUUCGGGUUCAUCAAUGGCGCACCUCAAGUUCCUUGUUACUUCAUCUUCGGUGAUUCAUUAGUUGAUAAUGGGAACAAUAAUCGAUUAUCGUCAUUAGCGAAAGCUAAUUACAUGCCUUAUGGAAUCGAUUUCCCUAAUGGACCAACUGGAAGGUUCUCUAAUGGCAAAACCACAGUCGAUGUCAUUGCUGAACUUUUGGGCUUUGAGAAUUACAUUCCUCCUUACUCCGCCGCUAGAGGUAGACAAAUCCUCGGAGGAGUUAACUAUGCAUCAGCCGCGGCCGGAAUCAGAGAAGAGACUGGACAACAGCUGGGAGCUCGGAUCAGUUUCAGUGGGCAAGUUAGAAACUAUAGGCAAACAGUUUCACAAGUGGUGAACUUGCUUGGGAGUGAAGCCAAUGCAGCAAAUUACUUGAGCAAAUGUAUUUACUCCAUUGGACUUGGUAGCAACGAUUACCUUAACAACUAUUUCAUGCCUCUUUUUUACUCUACCAGCAGGCGAUAUAACCCUGAACAAUAUGCUAAUGUUCUUAUUCAACAAUAUACUCAGCAACUUCAGGCUUUGUACAACUACGGGGCAAGGAAGUUCGUGUUGAUUGGGGUAGGUCAGAUCGGGUGCAGCCCGAAUGCAUUGGCUCAAAACAGCCGAGAUGGUCGAACUUGUGUUGAAAGAAUCAAUGCUGCAAAUAGGAUCUUCAACAGCAAGCUUAAAGGACUCGUUGAUCAAUUCAACAAUGCCAAUUCUGAUGCAAAGUUCAUCUACAUUGAUGUUUAUGGAAUUUUUCAAGACGUCACGAGCAAUCCUUCAGCUUACGGUUUUAGGGUAACAAAUGCUGGAUGUUGUGGUGUUGGGAGGAACAACGGGCAAAUCACUUGCUUGCCUUCACAAAGGCCAUGUAGGAAUAGGAAUGAGUACUUGUUUUGGGAUGCUUUCCAUCCAACUGAGGCUGCAAAUGUGAUCAUCGGAAGGAGAUCGUACAAUGCUCAGUCGCCGUCCGAUGCUUAUCCAAUCGAUAUCCGCCGUCUCGCUCAGCUUUGACGACGGGGAUCAACAAAUUUACCAUGAAUAAUAGAUAUUAUUCAUAUGAUUUCACACUAUCUUUAUGUUGUUUUAUGUUUGGUUUCAAUCAUUAGUGUCGUCAUGCGAGUCUACAAAAUUAUUGCUCCGAAGGGAGAUGUUGUCAGUACUGGGUUUCGAAUCUCGAACUUACUCAUUAUCGUUUAUUAAAUAUGGUUAUAUAAAUCAACUCAUUAAAUUCAA